AUGGCUCCUAGACUUCCUCCCCCACCUCAGCCAAACGAGGCUGAUAUUUCUAACAAUUCCAGAAUGUUGGAGACUGUUAUUGACAGGCUUCAACAACAGAACACCACUUUGAUAGAACAGAACGCUGCCUUGAUGAGGCAAAACCAGGAAGCAAUGCAAAGUCUGGAGGCUUCACGUGUUCAUUCUGAAGCAACGCAGAGGCAAUUGAUGGACAUUUUGUCCACUACCCGAGGCACACUAGGAGCCUCUUCUUCUACUGCUGCACCUCAUGCAGAAUGGAGUUUGGAGAGUUUCUUACAACACCACCCAGCCAAAUUCAAUGGCAAAGGGCUUCCGGAUGAAGCUGAUCAAUGGUUGAGGGAUAUGGAGCGUAUCUAUGAUGCCAAGAGGUGUCCAAAUGACAAUCGUUUGGCAUUUACAGAAUACUUAUUAACUGGUGAAGCUAGUCACUGGUGGGCGAGCAUGAAGGCCAUCCUGACAGACGCGCAGAAUCCAAUUUCUUGGGAGGUUUUUAGAACUAAAUUUUAUGAAGAGUAUUUUCCAGACAGUGUACGGUUUGCUAAGGAAGUGGAGUUCCUUCAACUGGUGCAAGGUGGUAUGUCCGUCUCGGAAUACACCAACAAAUUCAAACAUCUGGUCCGUUUUAAUACCAUGGCAACCAGUGAAGAAUGGCAAUGCAGGAAGUUUGAGAAUGGGCUGAGGAGUGAUCUGAAAGUGUUAAUAUCCUGCUUGUGUAUUAAAUCCUUCCCUGCCAUGGUUGAGAGAGCCAAGGUUCUGGAGAAGAACGUUGCUGAGGCCGAACAACAGAAGAAGCAGCAAUUGAAUAGGGGGCAGGUUGCAUCCAGAAAUACUACGAACGUGAGAAGGUCCCCAUACGUUCGUCCAACUCAAUCAUCUGGUGGAUCACAGGCCUUGGUCACUGUUGGCCAAACUGGACAGCCAAGGAGUUUAACGUGCUAUCAGUGUGGAGGACCACAUUUGAGAUGGGCUUGUCCUCAACUUGCUGGAGGAAAACAUUGCAACAAAUGUGGGAGGAAUGGACACUCGGAUCAGGAGUGUAAUGUGGGAGGACGAGCGGUAAUGAGACCGCCAAAUGCUGGAAGAGCUCAACAAGGGAGAGGUGGACGUGCACAAGCCACAGGAAGGGUGUAUGCUAUCACUGGUGCUGAAGCUGCUCGUUCAGGUACAUUCAUCACCAGCACUUGCUUACUUUUUGGAAAGCCAUGUGAUGUGUUGUAUGAUUCGGGGGCAACUCAUUCCUUCAUCUCGAAGGCGUGUGUUGAGAAGUUGGGGCUAGUGGAGAGCGAGUUACAGUUCGAUCUGGUGGUGUCAACCCCAGCGGCUGGUGGGAUUAAGACAUCUACAGUUUGUGUAAGAUGUCCUAUAGAAGUUGAGGGACGUAGAUAUAAGGUCAAUCUCAUUUGUUUACCCCUUCAAGACUUAGAAGUAAUUUUGGGGAUGGAUUGGUUGACUACCAAUCGGAUCCUCAUUGAUUGUGGAAAGAAGGAGUUAGUCUUUCCAGAUGCAGAUGAAGAAGAACUGUCAAUUACUCUCGGACAGUUUAAGGAGGACAUCAUGGAGGGAGCAAGCUGUUUCCUUAUCAUGACGUAUGAAGGCAAUGAGAUAGAGCGUUCAUACAAUGUUGAUAACAGUGGAGGACGAACGGUAGUGGAUGAAUUUUCAGAUGUCUUUCCGGAUGAAGUACCUGGUCUACCUCCCAUCCGUGAGGUAGAAUUCACAAUUGAUUUGGUAACCACUGCUGCACCCAUCUCGGUUCAACCUUACAGAAUGGCACCAGCUGAGUUGGUAGAGCUUAAGAAGCAAAUUGAAGAGUUAAUGGAUAAGAAGUUCAUCAGGCCGAGUGCUUCACCAUGGGGAGCGCCUGUAUUGUUGGUAAAGAAGAAGGAUGGCAGCUCACGGCUAUGCAUUGAUUAUAGACAACUUAAUAAGCUGACCAUCAAGAACAAGUAUCCACUACCAAGGAUAGACGAUCUGCUGGAUCAAUUGCAUGGUGCGUGUGUGUUUUCUAAAAUAGAUUUACGUUCGGGCUAUCAUCAAAUUAGAGUGAAAGAGGAGGACAUUCAGAAGACUGCAUUUCGGUCUCGUUAUGGCCAUUAUGAGUAUGUGGUGAUGCCCUUUGGAGUGACUAACGCACCUGCAAUCUUCAUGGAUUACAUGAACAGAAUUUUCAGGCCGUACCUUGAUAAAUUUGUUGUGGUGUUUAUUGAUGACAUCCUCAUUUAUUCCAAGAGCUUUGAAGAGCAUGAAGACCAUUUGAGGAUUGUCUUGAGCGUGUUGAGGGAGAAAGAGCUGUAUGCCAAGCGUUCAAAGUGUGAAUUCUGGAUGAAGGAGAUCCAAUUUUUGGGGCACGUUGUUUCUGCUGGUGGUAUUGCAGUGGAUCCAGCCAAGGUGAAAGCAGUGCUGGAUUGGGAGAGUCCACGUUCAGUCACGGAGGUUAGAAGCUUUGUGGGACUCGCGGGCUAUUAUAGGAGAUUCAUUGAGGGAUUUUCUAAGAUAGUAGCCCCUCUGACUUCCCUCACCAGGAAGGACCAGCCGUUUGCUUGGACAGAUAAAUGUGAGGAGAGCUUCCAGGAAUUAAAGAGGAAAUUAACGAGUGCUCCUGUGUUGGUCAUUCCAGACACGGCCAAACCUUUUGAAGUGUAUUGUGAUGCUGCCAGCUCCAAGUCGUGUGGUGGGGAAAUUCUUCUCAUGAACUUUUCAAUCUAA